UUCAACACACAUCACUCACACAUAACAUCAGUUUAGUUUUUCUUUUUGAAAUGACAGCAACGUUCUAGUGGUUUUAGAAUACAUUCUGUUGAAAAAUGAAACCGAUUUUGCUAUUUUUGAUUUUCGUUAACUUUCAAGGUUCAAAUGGGGAUGCUUAUAAAUGGAGGAACUUUCUGCCGACAACUAAGAGUUUACCAAAAGGAGAGAUUGGAUCAAAAAUUUCAUUACGCCUUGUAGACAAACAGUGGGUGCCAGACGGAACCGAGGGUAUUCAGAAUGAUGAUGUCAUCCCCAGAUACCGAGGCAAAGUAAAAGAUGCGUUAAAAAUGUUCAUGGCUGAAGAUCUGGAAGUCAAGUACCAUAAAAGCCUAUUAGAAAAAGCCAAGGAUCUGUUAAAAGAAGAAAAUGGCUACAAAAAAGAUCAAGAUUCUAUCUUCCUAAUCCACACUGUUAGUGGCUCUGCUAAGGACAACUUUAUCAAAAACUCAGUUAUAGCGUUGGCAUUGAGAAAUUUCUUAAAGAAAUACAACGUUUUUGCUUUUCACAUGAAAGAAUUGCAGGACUAUAUGGAGCAGUCAGUAGUCAAGGCGAUGUAUGGACAGAGGGCGAAUUAUGAUGACUUAAGUGAAACCAUUGGAAAAUUUUUCAACUCUGUGAUUGGCGACAAUCUAAUGGAUAUCGACCGGAUACAUCUUGUAGGUUUCUGCUUCUCUGCUCAGCUCGCAGGCUAUAUUAGUCGCUAUGUAUCCUCGAAAAACGGUGGCAAGAAGAUCAAAUCCAUAACGGCUCUAGAUCCAUACUCAUCGUUUUUAUUCGGAAUUAAAAACAAAGUGAUCUCUAAGCACGAUGCCGAGCUGGUCUUUGUCUAUCACACCAACUCACUUUUCGCUGGUUCUAUGUAUCGCAAGGCAACAGCUGAUUUCACCAUAAACAACGGAUGGUUCCAGCCUGGGUGUGCCUACAGUACCAACAUCUUGUGUAGUCAUCGAAGGUCUGUCACGUUAUUCUGGUAUGUCAUUUUGUACCCGGAGUUGUGGACUGCGAGGAAAUGCAGCAGUUAUCUUAUGUUCUCGUCGUGUUUCUGCAGUUUCGCGGAAAAGACUUCACUUGUAUUCCCACCAGCUCCUGGUGCCAGAGGGACGUAUUACUUGAACACUAUGAAACACAAGCCAUACGGAUUCGGACCAGCAGGUGCUAACUGCAUCACCUUCUUUAGGAACAAGAAAGCCAACGAUAUAGUCAACAAAAUAUCAAACUAGCCAAUCUCCUCGAUUUUCAGUGAACCCAUGAAAUCAACUUUAGUUGUAAAGUAGAAUGUGCCAAUAAA